UCCCGGCAUGCAGCGCGGCUGAGGCGGGAGCGAGGCUGCGAGCAGUGUUGCUGUGGCGACGGUGGCCAACGCUGCGUCGUGGCUGAGGCCCUGGUUGGCAGUUGAGCCACCCCCUAACACGGUGAGGAAGGGCAAUGUCACGGCCAGGCACCAAGGAACCGCGGGUGAUGAACGUGUCCAGCUCCCUGGAGUUGGAAGACAUCAGCUUGGAGACCACAGUGCCCACAGACGACCUGUCCUCCUCAGAAGAGAGGGGCGGUGCCGGGAAAGUGACGAGGCAGCUGCUGGAGCGCAAGGAGCUGCUGCACCGUCUGCAGGUGCUGAAGAUCGAGCUGUCGCAGAAAAACCUCAUGCUGGACAACCUGAAGGUGGAGUACCUGACCAAGAUUGAAGAGCUAGAAGAGAAGUUGAACGAUGCUAUCCAUCAGAAACAACUGUUGUCUUUACGACUAGAUAGCCAAUUGGCAUUGCAGCAAGAAGAUGCCAGAAAACAUCAGGAGCUAAUGAAACAGGAAAUGGAAACCAUUUUACUGAGGCAGAAACAACUAGAAGAAACAAAUCAUCAGUUGAGGGAGCGAGCUGGAGAUAUCCGUCGUAGCCUGCGUGACUUGGAAUUGACAGCAGAUUACUAUGAGAAACUGAAGUCCCUUUCUGAAGAUGAGCUUUCUAUCCCUGAAUAUGUUUCUGUUCGGUUCUAUGAAGUAGUCCAUCCAUUAAGAACAGAAUUAAAUGAACUGCAAGUGAAAAGGGAUAGUCUAACAGAGGAAUUAAGUGAUUAUAAGGUCCAGCUGAAGAGUGUGAUGGAGAGUUAUGAAGAUGAGAGAAGAAGUCAUUCAGAACUUGAGAUAAGAUGUCAACGUUUGAUGUUGGAAUUAGCAGAUACAAAACAGAUGAUUCAACAAGGUGAUUAUAGACAAGAGAACUAUGAUAAAGUGAAAUGUGAGCGAGAUACAUUUGAACAUGAAUUAUCAGAGCUCAGGAGAAAAUAUGAAAUACUAGACAUAUCACACAAAGCACAAGCCAAAGAAAGAAAUGACUUAUCAAAAGAGGUGACAACAUUACAGCAGUCUGUUAAUUUGCUGCAAAAGGAUAAAGACUAUCUUAAUCGCCAGAAUAUGGAACUCAGUGUUCGCCGUGCUCAUGAAGAAGAUCGUCUUGAAAGACUCCAGAUUCAGUUGGAGGAUGCCAAAAAAGCUAGAGAAGAAGUAUAUGAGAAAUAUGUAACAUCCAGAGAUCGUUAUAAAACAGAAUAUGAAAACAAAUUGCAUGAAGAAUUGGAACAAAUUAGAUUGAAAACAAAUCAAGAGAUUGAACAGCUUCGAAGUGCUUCAAAGGAGAUGUAUGAACGUGAAAACAGAAAUUUGAGAGAAGCAAGAGAUAAUGCCGUAGCUGAAAAACAGAGAGCAAUUUUGGCGGAGAAAGAUGCUUUAGCAAAAUAUGAACAACUUUUAGAACAGUACAGACAGUUGCAACUCAGCACAGAAACCAAGGUGGCUGAACUUCUCCAUCAAAAUAAAUUAAAGGCCUUUGAGAGCGAACGUGUUCAUCUCCUGUAUGAAGAAACAGCCAAGAAUCUUUCUCAGUGUCAAUUAGAGUGUGAGAAAUAUCAGAGAAAACUGGAGGUUUUGACUAAGGAAUUCUAUAGCCUUCAAGCUUCUAGUGAAACGCGUGUUAUUGAACUUCAGGCACAGAAUUCAGAGCGUCAAGCAAAACUUGAUACAUAUGAAAAACUGGAAAAAGAACUAGAUGAGAUAAUAUUGCAAACGGCAGAAAUGGAAAAUGAAGAUGAGGCAGAAAGAAUUCUGUUUUCCUAUGGGUAUGGUGCUAAUGUUCCUACAACAGCGAAAAGGCGACUGAAACAAAGUGUUCACUUGGCAAGAAGGCUACUGGAGCUAGAAAAGCAAAACUCACUGCUUAUAAAAGAUCUGGAACAUCAGAAGGAACAAGUAACACAGAUUUCACAAGAGCUUGACCGUGCCAAUUCUUUGUUGAGUCAAGUACAACAGCCAUACAAGUACCUCAUUGAAACUGUAAAACAGAGAGACACUCAGAUACAUUUACAGAAAGAACAUAUUGCACAACUUGAGAAAGAUGUCAGUAUUUUAAAUAAAGAAAAGACAGCUUUGCUGCAUGUCAAGAAUCAGAUGGCAGCAGAUUUGGAAAGACUUCUAAAUCAUCAUGAGUGUCAAUCCGAUUUCCCAGGCAUAGCCUGCUGCACGCAGUGUGACGGGUCAAAUCUACACUUAAGGAUGCAAUCAGCAAAACAAAGGUCACUUGAGCUUUAGAAGGUGAUUACCUGGGUGUUGUUACAGUGCCUGGCUACAUGAGAGAGGAGCCAGAAGGGCACCAGCACAUCAUCCAGUGACUGCUUCCCUGAUGAAACUGGGCAUGCUACACAGAUAAUUGGCACUCCAAACUAAAAAACUCCACUGCUUUGAAAAGAAUUUUACUUUGAGUACAUAUUCUUUGCAGUCCAGCACUUUAGAAGACUUUCCCUCCCCCCUUACCUUUUGUCUGAAAAAGUCCUUUUAAGAGCAUUUUACAGGAAGUAUUUGAGGAUUCAAAAUAUUCUUGAAAUUUUGUGUAAUUGUUGUUUAAAGGUUGUUUGGUUUUCUUUGGACUACUAUUUUGCAUUUGCUUCCUAAACGCUCAUUUUUUUUAAAUUGGCAAACUCUUGAGUACAAAAGGAAGGAUUUUCCUCAUGUGUAGAUUAUAAUUAUUUAAGAGAGAUAGUAAGAACAAAGGUUAUUGUAGCAUUUGGACUUGCAUUGAAAAGAUAAAAAAUUGUCACUUUCUUCUUUGCUUUGGCAAAUGCCUUUUUUCAGUUAUUUGUUUGAUAGAACAGCAUUCAUUUUUUACAAUGUUACUUCUACAUUGGUAAGUUCUCUUUAGUUUUGUUUGAUCAUAUGAAGAUCUGAAAUAACAUACUAAUUUUGAAUCUCUCAUAGCCACUGAAUUUGAGAAAUGUAAUAAGCGUUGCCGAUAUGUGACAUUUAAGCAAUAUUAAGGAUACACAGACCACAUUGAUAUGCACCUAAAUCAAUUACAGAAAUUAAGCCAUAUUUUACAUUUAAAAAUGUAAGGCUACCCAUUCAUUUGUUCUUUCCUGUCCUAUAAUUGCACUUAACCAUCUAUAAAUGACCCUCUAUGAUCAAAGAUAGUUUAUUUAGCUGGGAGAAUCAGUUUUUAUCUAUUUGUGGACUGAACAUAUCCAUUCCUCAUGCUUUUAUGUUCUGUGUCAAUUAGCCAUUAUAAACAGUUUAAAUAAAAACAAUUAAGAAUUA